UUAACUAAAAUUUUGUACAACUCUGCAAAUGAAUGUACAGUGAAGCUAGGGCACUCUUCCCCCUUCACUUCGCGACGAAGACGACCAACCAUUUGAAGCUGCCAUUGCGAGAUUAGUGCCUUGAUUUUCUCUUAUGCUUCUUCUUCUUCUUUCUUUUUCCAAUCAUGAACUAGAUUCCACAAUCUCGACCUUCCAUUUGAUUCUUUCUAAUCUUUCAGCACAAUCAGGCAGCCGCGCCGUACCUGAGUUUCAGAGCGUUGGUUUCUUGCAGGGCACACCUAGCUUAAUUUUUAUGCCUCAAGCCUUUUAUUGGGCUUCAAGAGUGAGCAAACGCUUCUGUCAUACUAGCAAGAUCUUUGGUUUAUCAUCGGUUGUAAGUGGUAGCGUACAUCAUUGUAGACUUUUCAGUGCUAUGAAAGAGAUUAAAGUGAAAGGUGGCAGUAAUGCAGAUCCUCAUCUGUUGAACGAUGAAGCACAUGCACCGCAACUGUCUUGUGCAAACCAGGGAUGUUCAGCAUCAAAUGUGCAGUGCACCCCUGAAAUUGAAAAGAAGUAUGUGCAUCGUGUUUAUGAUGCAAUCGCUCCCCAUUUUAGUUCCACUCGAUUUGCAAAGUGGCCAAAAGUUGCAUCAUUCUUAUCCUCAUUACCUCGAGGGUCUCUCAUACUGGAUGCUGGUUGUGGUAAUGGAAAGUACUUGGGUUUUAAUCUCAACUGCUUUUUUAUUGGAUGUGAUAUUAGUCCCCAACUUAUCAAAAUUUGUAACGAAAGAGGACAUGAAGUUUUGGUAGCUGACGCUGUAAAUCUUCCUUACAGAACUGGUUUUGGCGAUGCAGCAAUCUCUAUAGCUGUAUUACAUCAUCUGAGUACCGAGAACAGGAGGAAGAAAGCAAUUGAAGAAUUAUUACGUGUUGUCAAAAAAGGUGGCCUAGUUUUAAUAACAGUCUGGGCUGUUGAACAAGAGGACAAAUCUUUAUUGACGAAAUGGAUGCCACUUUCAGAGAAGUAUGUUGAAGAGUGGGUUGGACCUGGCAGCCCCCGUGUUCGUAGUCCAUCGUCUUUGGCACUUGAAAGCAUUCCUGAAAUGAAUGAAAAUAAUUCAGGUACUUAUCUAAAGGAUUCCAAGGUAAACUUUACUGGAAGCAUGCCGGAAAAUAUACCUCUACCCUCUCAAGGUGGAAAUGAUUUUGCCAAUUGCAAUGAUGAAAAUUUAUGGAAGACCCAACAAGAGUAUUUUGUCCCAUGGCACUUACCUUAUCAUCGUGCAGAAGUUAGUGGCACGUCUGCCGGUGCCCUUGCUAGUGGUUUGGCAAAGAAAGAUGACAAGAAAGCUGCUGUUGUCUAUAACAGAUACUAUCAUGUUUUCAGCGAAGGCGAGCUUGAAAGGUUGGUUUCUGGUAUGGACAAUGCAGUAGUGGUGGAUCGAUUUUAUGACAAAUCAAACUGGUGUAUAGUUCUUGAGAAGACGAUGUGAGGAUCUAAACAACUUAAUUGGCAUAUGAAGAUAUGAUUCGAGCAUGUCUGCCUGCUGUGCUAUUCCGGCUUCGUUCUUUCUCGCACUGUGAGGAUUUACAAUUGUAUUAUGAUUAAUAAUGCGCUAGAUUGCCUUUUGGUUCAGUUAUAAUUUGUUUGCAUUGAAAAAGUUGGGCUUCUUCACUUUCUAAUAGAAACUUGUUUUUAUCAUCUCA